AUGGAAGCGCACACCCUCUGUAGACAAUUGUAUGAAAUCAUAACUUCGAAAUCAUAUCCCAUCAAACCGCGACUGGUAGUUCUACCUGAUCAACUCACCGGUUCAAAGUCGAACUUCCUUUUUGCACGCUCCAAGGAUCAAAUUGAGAUCAUAUGCUUCAAAUCAACCUAUUUAAGAAUUUUCAAAGAGGCCCAUGAUUACUUUAGGAAGUUCAAAACCGCGGCCAUUCCAAGAAACGAAGACACGUAUUAUGCAUCAGUUGGUCUUUUAUUUGUUACACCUGAGGACAAGACAGCAUUAAAUAUUCACGAGGACUUUAUUCGUAAUAAAAUAAACGCAUCACAAGAACUGUUCACGCAUCGCGAAGCGAUACCAGAAGUUUUCCUUAAUAAAGAACUUCAAUUAUUAACGCUCCUUUUGAGUUCAACAAAUAAUCGAGUGAACAAAUCAUCUUCGCUUUGGCUUCUACUAAGAAGGUUAUACGUUCUAAAGAGGGAACUGUUUCCCUCGUUACAUUUUGAUUACUUGGAUUUGUGUUUAGAAUCAGCUCAGCAACAUAUUUCUAACUACUACUGUUGGAACACAUUGCGCUGGUUCUAUGAUUUUGCAACAAAUGAGGAAAAAGAUGCAAUUUUAGUGGGAACGAGAUCGUUUUGUUAUCGACACCUCAAAGAUAGUUCCUCGUGGUACACAUACGGUUCUUUCUUAUCUCAAUCAUAUGCUUCCGAGGAUUUUAAUAGAAACGAGUAUAUGCGCCAUUGUGAUAAGUAUGGAUUACGUCAUCAUGCCCUUCAGUGUUCUGAGGGUCCAGAUGAGAAGCGGCUGAUAUCUGAGAUUAUUGAGAUUAAGAGCUACAUUGACAGGGUUGAAGUUCUCGAUUCACCACCGUAUAUAUGUAUUUUGAAGCUCCUGCGAAAUGUUAGCCCUAACAAACGGCUUGACUUAUUUGAAGACUGGAAUCAAGAAACUGCUAAUAUGGAAAAAGAAAAUGCCUAUGCGGCACUUCGCACCCCAUCAUCUCCACUACUGGAAGACCAGGAGGACGAUUUAUUAUUGAGAAUUAAAUUUCAGCGUCUUAAAAUUAAACUGCAAUUUAUGCAGAAUCUUCUCAAAGAGGGUUUUAGGUGA